GGGGACCAGCCGGCCCCCAGGGCUCGCGCGCCAAGUUCCGAGCCGCGUGUGACGGCCCCGACCUGGAGGCGGCCGGGGCUGCCAGCGCGUCCCCAGCGCCGCGAGAGAGCCGAGCUGAAGAGGAAGCAGUGGAAAAAGGCCCUGUCGGCGGAGAUGGUUUCACUGAAUAAGACCUAGUUUCUGAGCUGCAACUUGGGACAAUUGGAGGCUGGCUGGCUAGCUUGGGGUGAGCCCUGUCGUCCAAGUGUGCUGGUCCAGGCCCCAGGGGAGCCCUUCAAUCUCACAGCCACUCCCCGGGCCAAGCCCUCCAGAAACUCCUGGGGCUGACAACUGCCAGAGGAUCCACCUUACUCCGCAGGCUAAGGCUCUGUGGCCCCCAUGGCUACUGGGAAGGGAGUUCUGUGGAGCCCGUCAGCUGAAAACAGACGGCGGCUUAGUGAAUCUGAGCGGGGCUGGGGCCGGAAGCCAGUGCUGCUGGAGAAAACGAACUGCCUGGGCUCUGAGACUGCCCUGGGUGGCAGUAGCCAGGAUGAGGCCUGUGCCGAGAUGGUACUGUCAGUGGCCCCCGGCAAGCUCAGGCUGGGAAAGCUGAGGCCCCAAAAGACUUGGUGGAAACAGGGGCAGAGCGCCUUCACAGAGGUGCCUCAGCUCAAGAAGAGGCUUGGGGGCGGGCAGGCCCAGGGCAGGGAGCACAGUGGCCCUGUAGGCCAGCCUGGCCCCCAGCAGCUGACCCUCGAUAUCCCCAGGGACCUAACUGGCAGCACCUGCGUCUCUGUGUGGCCCAGUGGAGCCCGCAGGGAGCAGAGAAGUGCCUUCAGCAAGCCAGCCAGGGGUCCAGCAGGGAGACUGGGACCAGCCUGUGUCUUUCAGGCAGGUGAACCUGCAGAUGCCCUGGGAGAGCUGCUGGGACUCAUCAACACGGUUGAUGUCACUUGCUGGGGUCGACUUUCCAACUCCAAGCUUUUGGUGGGUGAUUUCUGGAACCUGCAAGCGGGGCCACCAAAUGCUCCUCUCUGCGGCGCUUUCCCGGGCGCCCCCGCGCUGUGGCUCGAGCACAGCACAGUCCAGACGCCCACGCCCCCGUCGUCGUCCUCCACCAGCUCUUGGGCCCUGCUGCCCCCUACGCUCACCUCCCUGGGCCUGUCCACCCAGAACUGGUGCGCCAAGUGCCGCCUGUCCUUCCGCCUGACCUCCGACCUGGUCUUCCACAUGAGAUCCCACCACAAAAAGGAGCGUGCGGGGCCCGACCUGCAUUCCAAGAGGCUGAGAGCAGAGGCCCUCACGUGCCCCAUUUGCCACGAGUACUUCCGCGAGCGCCACCACCUCUCCCGGCACAUGACUUCGCACAGUUAACAGGUGGUCUGGAGCAAGCGCUGGCCAUGAGGCCAAGAUGGCUCACAGGGCCAUCCUCUGAAAAGGCUGGUCACAGCUGUCUGCAGGGCUGUCUCCUGGGGCAUUUAGGAUGAACAGCUCAGUCAGAAUUGGAAAAAGACAACCAGCCCCCAUAUGUGUUUUAAAGGAAAUAAAGUUGUGAAACAAGGCACUUGGCUAAUCACAGGGUAUGGUGAAGAAGAGGCACCAAGCAGUUCCGGCAUUUUCAGGAGUGGGGGCUCUUCUCCUGUCAGCAUAACUUCUGCUCCACAUGGAAGCAAGUUUGGCACACCGCAUGGGCUUUGGAGGCAGACAGAUGUGAUUGGAAUCCUGGCCUUUCACAUACUAGCCCUGAGCUUGGGCAGACUGCUCUGGCUGAGUCCCAGCAUCCUUAUCUGUAAAGUGGAGAUGGUAGCACCUGUGUCUGAGGGAUGUUGUCAGGAUUAUGUGGGAAGAUGUGUGGGAAACGGCCAGCACGUGCCUGGCGGUAUCAUCACUAAGUAAAGAGUGCAAUUGUCGUGGUCCAGAUUAGUCAGCUGUUGUUAACUCACAGAAUUGCAGUGGCGAGCAGUGCGGGUCCGGGUUUCUCAGUCCUGGGUCUGUGAGUUGGAUGGGGUUGAGCCGGGCUUGCCUGAUCUUGGUUCCAAAUUGCUUUUUCUCUCAGGACUCAUGGGCUACCACAUUGUGCUUCUCUCAUGGUUAUGCCAAGAGCACAGAAGGAUGAGUCCAAAUACAUACACACAUUUCAAGCCUCUGCUUCAGUCACUUCCACUAACAUCUGCUCGGCCAAAACAAGUUGAUGGCCAAACCCAGAGUUAAGGGGUGAGAUGUGCGUGGGGCCAGUAGGGAAGUCAUGAGUGCGUGUCUAAUCCUACAGGGGCUGGAGGAAUUGGGACCAAUGAUUCAACCAACACCUGGUCCAUGGUUAUUCACAUUCUGAAUACGUGCAAAUGGGAAAGUGAAACAACACUCCCCUCGUAGUUCUUGGAAAGUGACCAUAAAACCUUAGGGCGUGAAGCACUGUGAGGGCGGGGAGAGCUGUGGAUGCCAUUUAUCGUCUAAUGCAUGUUGUUUCAGCACCUGCUGUUCAUCCACAUUUGUCCUUAUUCCUAAUGAUGCAAAAUUCAGAUCAUAAACUCUGCUGAAACACAGGCUAGUUUGUGAAAGCCAUUUGUUGGAAUUUCUUUCAAAGUGCAGUUUUUUAAAUUGGUUUCUACUUCACGUUCAAGAUUUGCUCAUUUGACCUGCAGACCUCAGUUACAGAAUUCAGCCUUGUGGAUAGAAAAGAGCUGGUGGGGGUCUCAGCCGGCCGCCAUCCAUCUAAACACCCCCAGACUCCACCUCUCUCCGUCGCCACGUCUGGCUCCCGCCUUGUCCGAGGCAGCUGCUUGUCCCUCCUGCCCACCCUGCCCCAUCCCCCUCUCUCCCACUCUCCCCACUUCCUACCUACCGUCCCAUCCACUCUCCAUAGCCACCCAUAUAUUCAUCCAUUUCUUGGCCUCCCUGGGUAUCUGGGCUGGGUCAGAUUGUGUGCCAGGCCCUGGUGGGGCCACAAUGAGUUCAACCCAUGGGUAGGGGUGGGGGUACCCCUACCCUGAGGGGUGGAGGUGUAAGCUGAGCUGCAGAGUCCAGCAAGAGCUGGUGAUUCAGAAAGGGCAGGAAAUGCUAGGGAGAAGGUGGUCCUGAGAUACAGGUGUCUGAGGCUGCUGCAAGGCACAGAUGGGCAGACAGAGAGAGGAUGCGACUCUUGGAGAUGCAAUGGUGGGAAGGAUUGAAGGAAAGGAGUUUGAGCCAUGGAGGGCUGGCUCCGAGAAGCCCUUCCAGGGGCCUCUGGCUGCAACAGGUAAAGUGGGCUGGAGGAGCGAAGAUGUACCUCCUGAACCAUUUCCUCUCCAUCUGGAAGGAAGAAGCAGGGUUCCCUAGAGGCACCAAGGAAGCACCCCUGUUUCUACAGAGAGGCUUGGAGUCCAGGAGCCCUGCAGGCUGAGUCCCUUUGGAAACUGCAUGGAGCUAGAAUUUGCCCACAGGGAGGUUCUGCCCAGAAGGAGACUGAAGCUCUGGGGAGUCUCCCUCCCCUACUGUCCCAAGCGGGGCAGGGAAGGACACCUCACGUGGUUGGAACCUGAGACUCCACAUCGCGCAGCAACAUACAUUAUGCCAUUUAAUUUGCAUGAUAUGCCCUGGAGAUAGACACUUAAUUCCCAUUUUACAGCAGAAGAAACUGAACUCCAAGAGGCCAGCUGAUUUUCCUAAGACUAUGGGUUCCAGAGAAGCAGUGCGAGAAUAAGAACCUAGACUGCCCCACUGUGCUCACAUCCUUCCCAGCCUGCCACGUGUCUGCUCAGCCCAGCGGGGCCGUGUAGCAUUGUGGACAGUUGAAAAACUGGGACUUAGGACCAGGCAUCGACUCCCUGUCUAAAAAUUCAACUUGCACACUGCCCUCCCCAACAUUUUCCGUUGCCCUUCUCUUGAGGAUUUUCAUUCUCUUGCAUACUGUUUUUACUGAAUUAUCUGGUUUAUUGUAUCUCCCAUCACUAGAAUGUAAGGAAUUUUUGCUGUGUUGUUCACUGCUAUGUCCCCAGCAACUAGAACAAUGGAGGCCAAAGCAAGUGUUCAACAGACCUCUAGAAGGAAUGAGUAAGAUGCCUGGUCUGGCCUCACCCCUGACAAACCAGCUUCUCACAAGGGUUUUGACAUCUGUUAAACUGCAUGCACAGUUGUCUUCCUCUGGCUUGUUGGAUUAUUCCAUAAUUUCUUGGAAAUCAGU